AUGUCUCAUCAGAAGUUAACCUUCUCCUGGUUUGCCAUGGUUUUGCUGGUGUCUCCACUCAUGGCCAUGUGGGAGCUGGAGAAAGAUGUUUAUGUUGUAGAGGUGGACUGGCGCCCCGAUGCCCCCGGAGAAACAGUGACCCUCACCUGUGACACUCCUGAAGAAGAUGACAUCACCUGGACCUCAGACCAGAGACGUGGAGUCAUAGGCUCUGGAAAGACCCUGACCAUCACUGUCAAAGAGUUUCUAGAUGCUGGCCAAUACACCUGCCACAGAGGAGGCGAGACUCUGAGCCACUCACAUCUGCUGCUCCACAAGAAGGAAAAUGGAAUUUGGUCCACCGAGAUUUUAAAAAAUUUCAAAAAUAAGACUUUCCUGAAGUGUGAAGCACCAAACUACUCCGGACGGUUCACCUGCUCAUGGCUGGUGCACAGAAACACGGACCUGAAGUUUAACAUCAAGAGCAGCAGCAGUUCCCCUGAGUCUCGGGCGGUGACAUGUGGAGCAGCGUCUCUGUCCGCAGAGAAGGUCACACUGAACCAAAGGGACUACGAGAAGUACUCAGUGGCGUGCCAGGAGGACGUCACCUGCCCAACUGCCGAGGAGACCCUGCCCAUUGAACUGGUGGUGGAGGCCCAGCAGCAGAAUAAAUAUGAGAACUACAGCACCAGCUUCUUCAUCAGGGACAUCAUCAAACCGGACCCACCCAAGAACCUGCAGGUGAAGCCUUUGAAGAACUCUCAGGUGGAGGUCAGCUGGGAGUACCCUGACUCCUGGAGCACUCCCCAUUCCUACUUCUCCCUCAAGUUCUUCGUCCGCAUCCAGCGCAAGAAAGAAAAGACGAAGGAGACAGAGGAGGAGUGUAACCAGAAAGGUGCGUUCCUCGUAGAGAAGACUUCUGCCGAAGUCCAAUGCAAAGGGGCGAAUAUCUGCGUGCAAGCGCAGGACCGAUACUACAAUUCAUCAUGCAGCAAAUGGACAUGUAUACCCUGCAGGGGCCGAUCCUAA